AUGCUGUUUGAUUUCAACAAAAGGUCGCAAGACUCGUCGGUCAGCAGUAGCAGUAACGAAGUCAAAGAAAAGAAAAACGAAAUCGCUCAACACGAAGAGUACAUCAUUACUGCCAGCGGUUUUGACCGAGACGCGUUUGUUCCCCCAACAGACAAAGAACUUCGUCGGUUGAUGUGGAAAAUUGAUCUCCGGAUUAUUCCGUAUAUCGCAAUAUUAUACCUAUGCUCGUUCUUGGAUCGAGUCAAUAUUGGAAACGCAAAAGUGGCAGGCAUGACAGAGGAUAUUGACAUUUCAGAGGAUCAGUACAACUGGGCACUGUCUGUGUUUUUUAUCGGUUAUGUCGUAUUUGAAGUCCCAAGUAAUUUAGCUCUCAAAGUGGUUGGACCGAGAAUUUGGAUUCCAUCGAUCAUGGUUGUGUGGGGCGGAAUAAUGGCCGCCAUGGCUGCUGUUACUAACGGAGAGGGGCUGAUGGCUUCGCGUUUUUUCUUGGGCGUCGCUGAAAGCAGCUCUACACUAGCCGGAGCCUUUGGCGGUGUGCUGGCAUAUGCUAUAACGUUCAUGGAUGGAAUGCGCGGUAUACGCGGAUGGCAAUGGAUUUUCAUCAUUGAAGCGAUACCAACUUUGCUUUUUGGUAUACUGACAUAUUUUGUGCUUCCUGAUUAUCCUGAAAAAACGUCAUUUUUGAAUGAAAGAGAGCGGGAAAUUAUUGUUAAAAGAAUUACAGAAGAUGCAGGGCCGGCUACUGAAACACAUUUCUCUUGGAAUCAAGUACUGCAGGCACUUUUGGACUGGAAGGUGUAUGUGUACUCUUUAUCGUACAUUUGCGGAUCAAUUUGCGUUUACUCGCUUGCCAUGUUUAUGCCCAGCAUUGUUCAAGGGAUGGGUUAUACCUCACGGCUAGCGUUUAUCGCAACUAUUUUGAAUGGCUACAGUACGGAUAAGUUUGGAGAGCGAGGAUUCCAUCUUGCUGGUGCUGGUUUUCUUGCAUCCAUGGGCUACGUUCUCCUAGUUACCCUACAAGACUACGGGUCAGUUGCCCUCUAUAUAGCAGCAUGCAUAACUACCACAUUCGCAUUUGCUACAAACCCCCCUAUCGCGUCUUGGUUCUCGAAUAACUUCGGUGGUGAGACAAAGCGCAGCGUUGCCAUUGCAACUGUCUUGACUAUCGGAAACAGUGGAGGAGCGAUUUCUGGUCAUGUUUAUCGUGCUGACGAUGCACCACGCUAUCUGCGUGGUCAUAAAACAUGCCUUGGACUCAUGUUGGGUGGAAUGACAUUUGCUUUCCUCAUGAAAUUCUUGUUGUAUCUAGAGAACAAGAGACGCGACAACAUGACUCCCGAAGAACGCCGAAUUGCUUGUGAGGCUGAAGAACUAUGUGAUAAGCACCCCGACUUCCGAUAUAUUUUGUAA